AUGACUUUACCGUCGUUCGACGUGUUCACGCCCCUCUCGACAAUGUUCCUGUCUCAUCCGCUACCGACUUAUACGGGCAGUAUCAUUGUCCUCACCCUGCUUACUCGUACCCUCAUCACCUUGCCGAUCACCAUCUGGUCCCGAGCACACAUGGUACGAUUGAGAAAAAUCGUCGCUCCCAUCCUCAAGCGCAAGAACACCAACCUCGCUCUCAGCUUGGUCCCGGAAUGCAGGAAACUCGGGUUGACGCACAAAGAAUACGUGCAGGUGCUUCAGGGGGAGAUUAAGAAGGCUAGGAAGGAGACGUUGAAGGAGUAUGGUGUUCGACCAAGGUUGACGGCUUUCUUGCCUCCUUUGGUGCACCUGCCCAUCUUCCUGGGGCUGUCUCUGACAAUCCGGGAAGCUACCCGGCUGGCCACCGAGCUGAAUACCGUCUCCAUCUCGGCGAACCUGUCUGGGCAGAGCGAUGCGGAAGCCAUGGCACAGCAAAUAGACCCACAGGUUACACAGACCGGUUUGGAUAACGCAGCUUCCAUCUUGGCCAACACGCCGGACAUGACGACCCACCUCGCUGCGUUCUUGCAGGAACAUCCUUUCCACCUGACUUCCCUCAUCGACCCGGAUUCGUCCUUGAUCCUUCCGUUCAUCGUCGGUAUCGCGGCGUUUAGUAACGUCGAGCUCAUGCAGACGUGGAGAGACUCGUCGAGGAGCUUGUCGGCCAACCCUGGCUCCGAUGCUCAUUCGAAUGCGGGUGGACAGCGAGGCAAGACGGGCAAGAUCGUUCCUGACCCCCGAAGGGAGACUCCGAGACCCAAGAGGAGCGUUCUAGAAGAUGCACCUGCUGUAGGUGACGGAGUCGCCGGAGAAGGGGCAGAGAAGAGGGCAGAAGCCAUCAGCUUGUCCAGCCGGAUAAUAGGGUUUGCCUUGCGAGGUCUGGCUGUGGCCAGUGUCGGUUUCGCUGCAGAGGCCCCUGCGGCCGUGGCAAUCUACUGGGCGACAUCUACCGUGUAUACUCUCGUUCAGAAUGGGAUCCUCCUGCAACUGGAGAAGCAGGACAAGCUUCCUUUCGUGGUGCCCAAGCGGUUGAGAAAAGCACAGGCAGCACCAAUCCCUGAACCUAGCACGAAACAUCAGAGCACGCUGCCGAGGCGUCUAGCUAGACGAAGAUGA